CUUCAGUUUAUUUGAUUUUUCCUAAUUAUUAUUUUGCUUUCCUAUGUCCAUAUUUUCUUGCUUUUGGAAAAACUUGAGAAGCCAGAGAGAGGAAGACAUGGCGGCAAGGAGCAUCACAUACAUUACCGGCUCUCAGCUUCUCUCUCUUAAACGCCGUCCUAACAUCGCCAUCGUCGACGUCAGGGAUGAUGAGAGGAGCUACGAUGGUCACAUAGCUGGCUCACUUCACUUUGCUAGCGAUACUUUUCGUGAUAAAAUUCCCAGCCUUAUUCAAGCUGCUAAUGGCAAAGAUACCCUUGUUUUUCACUGUGCUCUUAGCCAGGUUCGGGGACCAAAGUGUGCAAGGAGGCUUGCAGAAUAUCUUGCCGAGUCGAAAGAUGAUGCAGGAAUAAAAAAUAUUAUGGUAUUGGAACGUGGUUUUAAUGGAUGGGAGGCAUCUGGUAGGCCAGUUUGUCGUUGCACUGAGGUCUUCUGCAAGGGUCACACUGAACAGGCACAACAAUAAAAUUAGAUAAACCAUGCCAAAGAAAAGGGAUAUGUUGCAUCCUGAUAUAUAUAAUCUUUUGACUGCAUAUAUCAACUAUAAAAAAUAGAGUUGUGACCUGGGAACACAAGUGACUAUUUGGCUGCUGAUACAUGUAUUUGCUUAACAUAUGAAACUGACAAUAUUAUUUUGAUGUAAUGCUGUCUUGCAAUUACGUUCUUGAAGUUUUCCUCAUCAAACAAACUGCAGGGAAAAGCAAAACAACAUUUGUUUUGGGCUAACAUAUGUUUGAUUGUUACCAUAAAAAGAUGGGAUGCCUUAAAAUCUUCUA